GUGGAAACGCUGCAGCCCGCUGGUCUGUGUCUGGAUCCCUCACUCGCACAGAGCUGCUCAAGACCCUCCCACCGGGCUGGGCUGGGAAAGGAGGAGGCAGUGUGUGCUCUGUUUGUAGCUUCGAACGAGCCCCCUUUACCACCCUGUCAGUGUGGAGGAGAAGGAGAGAGAGAGAGAGAGAGGCUUGGAUACUGAGUGACAGAGGAAGCACACGCGAGAGAGUCGGGCUGCUUAGAUGAGCGAGAGAGCCGAGGAAGAAUAAGGAGCACGUUUUAUAGAAGCAGAUAACAGGAUCACAGACGAGGGACUUCAGGACACAAUCGCUGUCUUUUUUUUUUUGUAAUCACUUGUCUGCUAACUGGAACUGUGUGGAUUGGUUAACCAACCAGUGGAUUUUUGAAUAUUUGCCUGUGCCACAUCAUUUACAAACUGGGAUCUUUCUCUUUUAUCUGUGCUCCUGCUGGCGCCUCUGCUACAGACUGUGAUUGCUUUCUGUGUCUGUCAAGAUCUGUUGUUGUGAGACAAAGUGCAUCUGUUGGCAACUGGCACUGACGAUAUCUUCUUCUGUCAAGCAGGACAGACAUCGUCAAAUCAGAGGAGAGAGAAAGUGUGUGUGUGUGCGUGAGCGUGUGUGUGUGUGUGUAAGAGGUGGGAAAGACAGAAAGCGAGGGGCAGUGAGAGAGUGCGAUUAAAGCCAAGCCAAAGGACUGGAGUGAACAGCUUGAAUAGAGAAGUGAAGCCUAUACGUCCUAACCCGUUUUUCCUUACCAUUCCUUUCCUCCUCCUCUCCUCCUUCUCUUCCUCUCCCAUUCUCAACAUUCUUAGGACUGCCAGAGCUACUGCCACCUGCACCUCCUUGCGUCUCCUCUUUCCUCUUCCUCUUCUACCUCUCACCCUAACUAUCUAAUCGCGAACUCGCCGCUCUCCGUUCUGGCACUUUAGAAAAUAUUCCUGGUCCACCAGUAAGUGGGCACCUGCCUGUACCUGUACCAAGUGUCUGGAACAGCGAGGCAAAAGUCGUCAGGAGCUCCCUCAUCAGAGGCGGACCUUCUCGGAAGCCCAGUCCGACACGCAGAUCUUGCCUUCUCCCCAGAGGACCGGCUUGCAACACACUGGUGCAGACAGCAAAGCCUGGAAUUGCACAGCCCCACCGUCGCCUCCACCACAUUUCUAGCUACUUGGCAGCUCCCGCCCCCGUGUCACCAUUCCCUGCCUCAGUGCUAAGGAUUCCAGCUACAUGGGCAAGCGAUUGGAGCAGCAGCCAAUGUACCCUCAGUACACCUACUACUACCCCCACUAUCUCCAAACCAAGCCCUAUGCUCCACCCCCUCAUCCCAUGGCUCCUCCCAGCCCCAGCACCAACAGCUGCAGCCAGGGAGGGGCGGAGCAGCUCAGUAAGACCAACCUGUAUAUUCGUGGUCUGCCGCCUGGAACCACCGACCAGGACCUUAUCAAGCUCUGCCAACCGUAUGGAAAAAUAGUGUCAACCAAGGCCAUUCUCGAUAAGAACACUAACCAGUGCAAAGGUUAUGGCUUUGUGGAUUUUGACAGUCCAGCUGCAGCUCAGAAGGCCGUUUCAUCUCUCAAAGCCACUGGGGUGCAAGCCCAAAUGGCCAAGCAACAAGAGCAGGACCCCACAAACCUGUACAUCUCCAACCUGCCAGUGUCGAUGGAUGAACAGGAGCUGGAGAACAUGCUGAAGCCCCUGGGUCACGUCAUCUCUACAAGGAUACUUAGAGAUGCCAAUGGGGUCAGCAGAGGAGUCGGCUUCGCCAGGAUGGAGUCAACAGAGAAGUGUGAAGUUGUGAUACAGCAUUUCAAUGGAAAAUACCUGAAAACUCCACCAGGAAUCCCAGCCCCCACGGAGCCUUUGCUGUGCAAAUUUGCAGACGGAGGGCAGAAGAAACGCCAAAGCCAGAGCAAGUAUCCUCAGAAUGGGAGACCGUGGCACAGAGAAGGGGAGACCGGCAUGGCGUUAACGUACGAUCCUGCUGCAAUGCAGAAUGGUUUCUACUCCUCGCCUUACAGCAUCGCCACCAACCGCAUGAUCGCACAGACCUCCAUCACGCCCUUCAUCGCUGCUUCCCCCGUUUCCACAUAUCAGGUCCAGAGUACGUCAUGGAUGCCUCAUCAACAAUAUGUUAUGCAACCGACAGGUGCAGUGAUCACGCCAGCCAUGGACCACACUAUGUCCAUGCAGCCUGCCAGCAUGAUGGGCCCUCUCACCCAGCAGAUGAACCAUCUGUCCCUGGGCACUACAGGAAGUCCCUCGCAGUACAUGACUGCUGCAGCUGCCGCUGCUGCACCUAUGCAAGGGACCUACAUUCCCCAGUACACUCCUGUGCCUCCAACAGCCGUCCCUGUCGAAGGAGUGGUGACAGAUGCCUCACCCCAGACGGUGGCUCCUUCAUCACAGGAGGUGGCUGGCCAGCAGCAACAGAUCCAGGUGGACAGUGCCGAUCACGUUCCUGCUUACUCAUACCAGUCCAACAACGGCCUGAGCGAAUGUUCCUGUGACAGCGUUGCCUUGAGACAGAGGGUGGCUGCACUGUGAAUGUGAGGAAAAGAAAGAGAUUACUUCCAGAUUGCCCAGGCACCAAAAAAGAGACACUUUUUUUUUUCAUUUCCUACCUGGCCUACAAGAAAAAGAAAAAAAAAACAAGACUGAGGCAAAGAGUGCUGAGGAAAAAAGGGGGGGAUGUGGGGGAAAUUACUGGGCACAGUGCAAAGAAGUAAAUUGUUUUAGUCUGGGAAUGAAACCCGCCUAAAGGGCUGGGCUGAAGCUUGAAAAGUUUCUCAAAGAAAAUUCUCAACUAAUAAAAAAAAAAAUAGAAAAGGCAAAAAAAUAAAAUAAAAAGAGAAAACUAAAAAAAAAAUUAAAAACGGUUGAAUGCGCUGGUAGGUGAUGAAGUUUAUUUUGUAAUUAGAAAGGGGGAGGCAAAGUUUGAGAUACACACAGAGAUUGUCUUCCUCAGAUAUUAAGCUACGGUUUCUUUCCAGUCUUUUUUUUUAAGUUCUAGUGUUAAAGCUUAGUUUUCUAGAUGUAUUUCAAAAAAAAAAAAAAAAUGUUUUUUUCUUCUUUCUUGAAUCUUCAUGGCCUUAAUUUGAAGGGCGCCAGAAACUUUUUACAGAGUGAAAGUCUGACGUCUAGUUGGGAGGGUUUAAAAACAAAAAAAAACAAAAAACAAACCGUCUCUUGGACCUCUGUGGGGAAGGGGUUCAAAAUGCUGAAUGAGUUGCUCUAAAGAGGGAAAAAAAAAAAGAAUCUAUCACAUAAGCUGUACAGAUUUAAUAGAGAAAAAGCUUUUUGUUUCAUUUCUUCGUUAGAAGAAAACUUUGAUAAUUAUUAUGUCAGAGGUAACUACGUGUCAGAAGUAAACAAAAUGUCUGUUGUUGGGACGGGGUGGGAGGGGUGACGCAUCGAAGAGAUUUUACACAACGAGAAAAAGUAGAAAACAUAAGAAGACGCGCUGCGCUGUGGGUGCAGCCUGUUGCGAAUGCUGAACUUGUUUUUUUAUUCUCAUUAUCAUUUUACAUGCCGCUGUCGAUGACAUUAGUGCUUUUUAUCGGCCACAUUUUACCUUUUUUAUGAGCUUUAAGAUGUUUUUAGCCUGCUUUGCUUGUCACACUGCAA